GGCUCCCAGGCUGUGGCCUCUUGGUGCUUUGGGGCUGAAAAGCGUCCCGCGAGGCUGUGCGGGCUCGCUGUUGCGUGCAUCGGGCCAAGCUCGAUCGGGCCCCCCCGCCCUGGGUGCGAGCAGGGGCCGGCGAGCGCCCCAACCUGUGAGGCCCCCAAGGGCAGGUCUGCACCGGGGUACAGUCAGUGAGGGUCAAUCUCGACUUCCCCAGAGCUGCGGAAAAUGAAUCAAUCUCAGGGGGCUGUGUCGUUCUGUGAUGUGGUCGUUGACUUCACCCAGGAGGAGUGGCAGCAGCUGGAUGCCGAGCAGAAGCUGAUCUACAGGGACGUGAUGCUGGAGAACUAUAACCACCUCAUCUCAUUGGGAUAUGACAGCACCAAACCAAAUGUGAUUGUCAAGUUGGAGCAGGGAGAGGAACCCUGGGUAGAAGGUGAAUUUGUUUGUCUGAAUCAUGCAGGAAAAAUCUGGGGAGUUGAUGACUUGAUAGAGAGGACCCAAUAUAAUGAAGACAAACACUCAAGGCAAGCUGUUGCUACCCACAGCAAAAUCCCAACUGGAAGGAUAGGGCCUGCAGUUGACAAAACAUAUGUGGAAAGUUCUGUUUCCUCCAGCAUAAUAUCUUAUAAUUGUGUGACUUGUGGAAAGAACCUAGAUUCUACUUCAGCAUUAAUUAUUGGCGACAGAAGCUAUGCAAGGAAAAAACCCAGCGAGUGUAGUGAAUGUGGGAAGGCGUGUAGAGAGAAAUCAUAUGAAUGUGCUCCAAAUGGAAAAGCUUGUUCUCCAAGUGAGGAAAACCUUCUCCAGAAAAUUAGCAUUUUGGAGAGGCCCCUUGACUACAAAUGCAUAGAAGCCUUAGACAACAAAACUGUUUUCAUUACUCGCAAGAGCCCAUUUACAAGGAAGUCAGCCUGUGAGUGGAAUGGUUCCAGCGCAGACUUCAUCCAGAUGUCAGAUUUUAAUGUUUACCAGAGAGCCCAAACAGAAAUGAAGCCCUUUGAAUGUAGUGAAUGUGGAAAGUCCUUCUGUAAAAAGUCGAAAUUUAUUAUACACCAGAGAGCUCACACAGGAGAGAAACCUUAUGAAUGUAACAUAUGUGGGAAAUCCUUCAGCCAAAAGGGAACCCUCACUGUACACCGGAGAUCACAUUUAGAGGAGAAACCCUAUAAAUGUAAUGAGUGUGGAAAGACUUUCUGUCAGAAGCUACAUCUAACUCAACAUCUGAGGACUCAUUCAGGGGAAAAACCCUAUGAAUGUAGUGACUGUGGGAAAACCUUCUGCCAGAAGACGCAUCUCACCCUGCACCAGAGAAAUCAUUCUGGAGAGAGGCCUUACCCAUGCUCGGAAUGUGGGAAAUCCUUCUCCCGAAAGUCUGCCCUCAGUGACCAUCAGAGAACACACACGGGAGAGAAGCUCUAUAAGUGUAAUGAGUGUGGGAAAUCCUACUACCGGAAAUCAACCCUCAUCACACAUCAGAGAAUACAUACAGGAGAGAAACCCUAUCAGUGUAGUGAAUGUGGGAAGUUUUUUUCUCGGGUAUCAUACCUCACGAUUCAUUAUAGAAGUCAUUUAGAGGAAAAGCCGUAUGAAUGUAAUGAAUGUGGAAAAACUUUUCAUUUAAAUUCUGCCUUCAUUAGACAUCGGAAAGUCCACACGGAUGAGAAAUCCCAUGAAUGUAGUGAAUGUGGAAAGUUCUCUCAGUUUUCCUAUCUCCCUGAUCAUCACACCACUCCUUUAGGAGAGAAACCUUAUGAAUGUAAUAAAUGUGGGAAAACCUUCCUGGGAAAUUCAGCCUUCCCAUCAGUUCCAAAGGGAGAGAAAUCCUAUGAAUGUAAUGUAUGUGGAAAACUGUUCUCUGACUUGACCUACUAUACCGUGCAUUAUAGAACUCACUCAGAAGAGAAGCCCUAUGGCUGUAGUGACUGUGGGAAAACCUUCUCCCAUAAUUCCUCCCUCUUUAGACAUCAGAGAGUGCACACAGGCGAGAAACCCUAUGAGUGUUGUGAGUGUGGAAAGUUCUUCUCUCAGAAAUCUUAUCUUAAAAUCCAUCAUAGGAUUCAUUCAGGAGAGAAACCCUAUGAAUGUAGUAAAUGCAGAAAAGUCUUCUCUCGAAUGUCAAAUCUUACUGUGCACUAUAGAAGCCAUUCGGGAGAGAAGCCCUAUGAAUGUAAUGAGUGUGGGAAAGUAUUUUCUCAGAAGUCAUACCUCACUGUACAUUAUAGAACUCAUUCAGGAGAAAAACCCUACGAAUGUAAUGAGUGUGGGAAAAAAUUCCACCACAGAUCAGCUUUUAACAGCCAUCAAAGAAUCCACAGUAGAGGAAGCAUUAAUGUGCUUGAUGUGGAAAAUCUCCUAUGAAAUUAAAUAUCACUUUAGAAACCUCUAAUGUUAAUAUGUGAAAUCUGGUAGGAAAUUGGAUAUUGUUUGGGAAGGAGAUGAGGUAUUUGUAGAAAUAAAAGGCAUUGGGCUCAUUUGAUUCAAUUAUCACA